AUGACAUUAUCGUUGAUUGCUUAUACUUUUGGAAUUCUUCUUCUUGCUCACGCGGGCUAUUCCUCAUUCGAAUUCAAUCAUUUGGUUAAAACUAGUGGUUUGAGAGCUGACUUUCCAGUCGAUAUCAUAAUCGAAACCCUCAUGAGCAUUGCCGUUAUCGGCUAUGGAGCUAUUGCAUCAAUCGAGAAUUCGUCGUUCUAUUCAAUUAAGAACAAGAAGACGAAUCCUGAUACCAAAUACUUACGACCUAUUGAAAUGACACAUGCAGUAAAAGAUUUUGAAAAACUAGGUAUAAACGAUUAUCAACAAUACAUUACAAGGCUAGACUUCAUUGACAUCCACGAAAAAAGACAUCAAUUCACCGAAUGGAUAAAUCUGAAAGACUAA